AUGCAAAUCCUAGGAGCUCCCUCAAUAGCCCUACACUUGGGGCUACUUUUUUCGCCGACUCUCGCCGCAAGACCCAGGUCAAAAGUUUGCACCGUCAAAGCAAAUGGAAACCAGCAAGACGACGUCACAAACAUCCUCACGGCAUUCCACCAGUGUGGACAUGGGGGCAAGAUUGUUUUCCCAGAGGACCAGUCUUACUGGAUCGCUAGCCGCUUGAACCCCGUCGUGAAGGACGUGGAGAUCGAAUGGCGUGGAGAAUGGACCUUUUCUGACGACCUAGAAUACUGGCGAAACAAUUCAUACCCUAUCGCCUUUCAAAACCACGCUGCGGGAUUCAUUCUCACGGGCCACAAUAUCAAAAUCGACGGAUAUGGAACUGGUGGUAUCGACGGCAACGGUAAUACCUGGUAUACCUCGGAGAAAGGUGACACGCAGCCAGGAAGACCGAUGCCUUUCGUUUUCUGGAAUGUGUCUGAAGUUAGCGUCGACAAUUUCUACAUCAAGAAUCCGCAACUGUGGAGUUUGAAUAUCAUGAACGGCAAAAACAUGCGCUUCAACAACAUCUACGCCAAUGCAACCUCGGUCGAUGCACCGUAUGGCAAAAACUGGGUACAAAAUACAGAUGGAUUCGGUGAAUAA